AAGAUGGCGGACGACAGAGAAGUUCAAGAACAACUGACUAAACUUCGCCUUAAAGUCUUAAAAGAGAAAAUAGCAGCUGAAAAGCAGAGAGGUCCUGCGAGCUUCAAAGGCUCUCUUUUUCCAGCAGCGUCGACUGACCCUCAUAUUAUGCUACAAACAGAGAUUCUAAGGAGUGAACAACUUCUUCAGAAUGUAAAGGAAGAAAGGCUUUUUCAUCAAAGUAGAACAAAAAAAUAUAUGAACACAGAAGACAGGACAGGUUCAAGUAUGAACAGCAAUAAAAAUGACUUGAAUGCAGAAAUGGUAUCAAUGAUGUUAGCACAAAGUGUCCAGUUACAGAAAAUGAUGAUGAACCAGAUGACCUCAAAUCCUCCGUUUAGAAGCACUGAAUCCAUGAAAACUGAACCAAGACAACGCCAAGUUGAAAUUGAACCAGUGGGUUACAGGGAAAUGGAUCCCUUUACUGAGCUCCCACAGACCAAAUUAACCCAAAAAGUUAAACCCAUACUGAAGGAAAGAAAGAGAUCUCCACCUCCCCAACCAAUUCCAAAGAUGCGUGCAUCAUCGUCAAGGAUUGUAGCCAUGCCAGUGCGUUCAACAGAACUAUUAAGAGAGCCAAAGCCAAGACCAAAGACUUCAUCAUUUGCCAUCACUGGAUUUCUUGACGAGCCUUCAUCCCAUGACCCAGUCAAUGAUGACUAUCCAUUCCCAGGUACGAAGAAAAUCAGGAAACUACGACAUAUAUUUUAUGCAGCCUGGUUUUGUGUUAUGUUAUUAUCAUUGUUAAAGAAAGUUGUCAAAAGACGAUAUGAGAAUGUUCAAAAACUUGAUGAUUACAUUCAGUCUGGGAUCUUUGAACUACAUGAAAAGUUUUACCUGAAUCAAGAAAGUUCGAUCUGGAUGGCUCUGAAUGAUAUAAUAAAGGAUGGGUACUUUGAUGUGCAUGUCAAAUCACCUGGGAUAUUCCAAAAACUCUCUCAAGAGCAGCAAGCAGCUCUAACAGAGUUGUCGACAAUAGUAGAGACUGUGAUCUAUACUAUAACCCAAAUAAGACCCAUGUCAGGUCUAUUGAGUCCAUCACGAGAAGGAGUUCUGUGGUAUGUGUUACAGACUGGGGUUCAUUUACCAGCUUCAUAUUUAUGGCAAGUUGAAAAGGACAAAAUUCAAUUUUCUGAAAAUGGUGCAAUAGAAUAUCUAGACAAACAGACUAGUAUUAUGCUUGUUCUUGGAUUGUUCAUAUCAAGAGGACUAGUAUCAUCCAAACUGUUAAAGCCAGUAGAGUCAGGCUUAUCACCUGAGAAACCAAGCAACAUAGCACAAAGCAAUCUUAAGGUGCUUGGAUCAGUUCUGAUGAAGAUAGUCAGAGAAGUAUCUGUAUCACCAAAGACAAAGGCAAUGGCCCUUGCUUCAGAGAUAAGUUCUCAAUUAUACAGUGAUGACCAGAUGAAGUAUAUCUAUAAGAGACUUGAUGGAACUAUAAUAUGGAGUAAGGCAAACUUGAAUAAAUUUGCAAGUGGGUUUGUCAAUAUGGUAAAUAAAAGUUGAAAAAACAAACUAUAGAUCAUAAAGCAAACAUUUUAUAUUAAUAGCAUUUUAUAUGUUAUAGCAAUAAUAUUAAAGCUAUGCACUACUGAUAUUAAAGCUAUGCACUACUGAUAUUAAAAUAUAAUAUUUAUCGAGUAUUAAUUUAAUUUUUCAUUAUUUUUUUAUUUCUUUUGUGACAUGUGGUAAAUAGUGUUUAUUACAAAAACUAUUGCUGAUAGAUUUUUAAUUUAAUUCACAAUUUAAAGUGCUAAAUUGUAUUUGCUCACAAGCAAAGACUACAAGAAGUCACGUACAGGUAUUGGUGUUGUGCACCAACCAUUAAUGUUAAAGAACGUAGUUAGUAAAAGAUAAAUGUAUGUUACCAUCUGUGCCCUAUUAUGAAAAUGUUCAAUAAUGACCAUUAUAGUCGUUUGCAACUAAGCGUGAACACCAGAUACUAAAACAUGUUCUAACUGGCGGCCGAAACAUUGAAGUUAGUUAACAGGAACGUUGAGGUUUGGAGCCAAAGUGCCAGCCUGAUGGCAACGUUUGUUCAAAUACAAUGAAUACAUGUGCAUGUUGAUCUGUUGGUGUUGGUCAUGGAUUCCUUCGAAAGAGUAGACAUAAGUGAGUUUCUAAAAGAGAUCGAUCCUGAUCUCCUUCAGUAUUCUUCACAUUUUCGAAAAAAAGGCUUUACUUCAAAUGAAAGCAUGAAGUACUGGAGAGAAAAAGAUUUUGAUUCUUUCGAGAUUGAAGUACCUGAAGGAAUUUGCACGCCCAACCAUCCAAAGAAUCAUUACAAAGCAUACACGUUCCGGUUGACUAACUUCAACGUUUCGGCUGGCAGCUAGAACAUGUUUUAGUGUCUGGUGUUCACGCUUAGUUGCAAACGACUGUAUUUAAAAAAGAAGGGAAAGAAAAAGAGAGAAAACCAAGAUGAAAAACUAGCAAUAAAAAAACAAUUUUUCUAAA